AUGCAUCGCCGGCUAAGUCGCGCAGCACUACCAUCCGACUGGAGUUUGGUUGAGCCAAUUACAGAUGAGGAAGUUGACCGUACGAUCCGUUUAACAGGCAAUUCGUCCCCGGGCCUGGGCAAGCUUACGCCCAAGAUGCCCAAAUAUUCGCUGGGCUUGGGAGAAGUAACGGGUACUUCUGGUGACCCGGUUGUCUCCGAUAUUGACGGUGAAGAGAAACCAAUGUUCCUGAACCUCGUUACUGUUGAUGUUGCAGCUGAUGAUCAUGAGAAUGGCCGUGUUGAUGAUGAUGAUGACGAUGAUACUGAUGAUGAUCAAGUCACUAGACUAUCCACUGGGCGGGCACGACAAAAGGGUCUCAGCAGUAGUGUCUACUUCAAAUGUGAAGUGUUUUUUGUCCUUGUUGUCCUCGUGAUGCACGGGUGGACUACCAUGACCUCCCGCAAAUUUUCGAGCAAAACUAUCGGUGGCCAAUCUCGCCAAGCAGAAACGCGCUACCAGCGGGAACAGCCGGCUGAGCAAUGGACAAGCGAACAGGUUGUUGCCGCAUAG